UUGACUUACUGUCUGUUGACUGUUCGGCUCACGAUCCCGGUCUAUGAACGUAACUUAAUGGAAAUUGACAAGUUACUUAAAGUGGAAGAAAUUUAAUGAGAACUGAUCCAAAACAAUGAAGAACUUUACCUCGGGUGGACCAGCAGAAAUUGUUCGAGCAAAGCAAAAAGAUGAUAUUUAUAGUGAUAGACUCCAAAAGUUGUGGCUUGAUGUUUUACUGAAAUGUGGAGGCACUCAACUGUGGAUGCAGUUAAGGACCACCAUACCUGUUGGACAUUUUUUAUAUGGGGUGGCAACUACACUCUCAGGACUCCAAACUCUUGGGGAAGAAUACACUGGUAUUGUUCAAGUAGACUCUACUAAAACUGCUGUGCCCAGAUUUCUUAACCGGUUACUUAUGUUGGUCCUGGAUAAUUUUGGGAGCGUACUUCUCACUUUCGGACUGAACAAGUUGGACAAGUUUGUUCAGUCGAAUCCGAAUCUUCAACCACAAGCAAAGAAGGAAAUUUCUGAGACAAUCAGAACAUUGAAAGCCAUAUUGCCAUUUCUGGAGCGCUGCCACAGAGCGCUGUUCUACUGCGGUGGCCUUUACUACCAGAUAAGCAAGCGCUUCACCAGUAUACAAUAUGUACUUGUACGCAGAUGGUUGAAAGAUUACCAGUCAAUGUACGGGUUCAAACUACUCGGCAUCGUUACAGCUAUUCAUCUGAUAGGCACGUCCAUGCAUGCAAGCUGGAAGUGGUUCUUCACACCGAAGACGAGCGAGUUCGCCGCUGUGGAGGAACCUGCGUCCCAGUGUGCUUCGGCACGGAAAUGCCCCUUGUGCCUCGAGGAAAGGAGAAAUGUGAGUGCCACACCUUGCGGACACCUCUUCUGUUGGUCAUGUAUCCUGGAGUGGCUUCAGACACAAAACCAGUGUCCUCUUUGUAGAGAAAGAGUAGAACCUUCAAGGAUUGUUCCUCUUAAAAACUAUCUGUGAUAGAUUGUUGUUAUGUUGCUAAUUACUUAGAAACUGGAGGUAUUUAUUACACUUAUGGUAGGCUAUUCCACCCAAGCUAAGAAUUAAAAUUGUGGAAUUUUUCAUAAAACAAGAUGGUUGAAAUGUAUUGUAAAAGAAGUUUGUGAUAUUUAAAACUGGUAGAGUAUUUGUUAUUUUUCUAAUUUUAUCUUUACAUCAUUAUUAAAUAAAGCAGUUAUAUCUACAUAAGUACUUAACCUCUUAGGUCAAUGUUAUGGCGUUAUAUGGAUGCUUUAUGUGGUUUGGCGUCCGUAUAACAUGCAGUUAUGAUGUGAGUAAACAAAGCAGUGAUAUUGUCUUACUGGGAUGUAUUUCUAGAUUAUUUAUGAUAGUAAAAUUUUAUUUUUGUAUUUCUAGGAAAGUGUUUUAUAUUGUGUUAUGUCAUCUGAAAGCUAAGAUAAUUUGUCAAAAACAGCUCAGGAUAGUGAAAUUGAUUGCUGGAUGGACAAUUUUAUUAAAAGCAUUCAAAAUAAUACAUAACAAAAAUAUUGUAUUAGAUUUAUUGCAGAUUUCAUUAUAAGAAUUUGUUGAAAAAAUCAUGAGAUCUGACCAAAAUUAGCUUGGUAAAAUAUUGAGGCUUUGCUAUACCUUUGAGUGUUCAUACUAAUUUUGUCCAAAAAUGUCCUGCUGUAGCAGAUGCUACCCUUGCCCUAUGUUAAAGGGUUAAAUGCCUAAUGAAAAUGUUGACUGGAAAAUUGGAUCUGUGAACGGUUUCAUAUUCUUGGCAGUACUACCUCAGAUGAUAAACUUUGUUAAAGUCAAACUAUUAAUAUUGUUAAUGUUUUUUAUAUUUUAUUAUUGUUCUUAUUAAAUAAAUAUACUUGAUGAAACUUG